AUGUUUAGGUCAAAUAAGAAGAGAAUAAUUCAAAAUAAUGGAAAUUUUGAUGUACAGGUCUUACGUUAUAAUGAAUAUCCAAAUCGUCUUAAUUUUUAUCUCGAGGAGCCUAGAGAAGAAAUAACUAUCGAGGAGUUUGAAAAUUGGGCAAUUGAUAGGCUUUAUGUUCUUAAUGAAAUUGAAUCAGGACUUUUUCGAAAUAAAACUCUUAAAGAAAUGGAUAUUAUGUUGAAACCGUUGAUUGAAAAGCAUCUCCCUCUUAGUAGUAAUACGUCUAAGUCUUUAAAGGGGGCAAUUUUGGAUCAAGAACGAAAAAAAGAUCAUUAUAGUCAUUAUAUUUUAAAGCUAGCAUUUUGUCGAUCAGAAGAACUUAGGAAACGUUUUAUAAGGGCAGAAAUGACAUUAUUUAAACUCCGAUUUUUACAAGAUGAUGCCAAAGAAAGACUUGCAUUUAUAAAUAGUUUGAAUUUUGACUGGGAAAUGGUUUCUGAAGAUGAAAAACGAUCUAAAUUGGAUAAAUUGAGCGAUUCGCUACAAAGAAAUAUUGAAAAAGACAAUAAUAAUAGAGUAGAAAAAGGCAAAGCUUAUGUGCCUAUAUCAGAACAAAUAAGUUUAAUUUCUGAAGAAUUCUCUUUAAAAUUAGAAAAAUCUUUGGAGUUAACUGCUAGAAUAUUACCUCGUCUUGAUGAAGAUGAUAGAUUAUUGCCUAUAUUAAAUCAUUUAAGUUUAGGAUUUGCAGCGCCAGAAUAUUCCAGUACAAUAGCUACUAUUGGAAAUAUUACUGCAUCACAAAUAGAUUUUCUUGUUAAACAUUUUCCGUUAUGUCAACGUAAUUUACAUUUAAAUCUGAGAAAGGAUAAACACUUAAAACAUUUUGGAAGACUUCAAUAUGGUUUAUUUUUAAAAGGAAUUGGUUUAGAUGUUGAAGAAGCAUUAGUAUUUUGGAGAAAAAGCUUUUCAAAUACAUCCGAUGAAAGAUUUAAUAAAGAAUAUAGAUAUAAUGUACGACAUAGUUACGGACUAGAAGGCAACCGUAAAAAUUAUAAACCUUACAGUUGCCAGCAGAUACUUACUGGUCCUCAACCAGGUACAGGGGAUUCUCAUGGCUGUCCAUUUCGACAUUUUUCUAUUGAAAGUUUAAAUGCUUCUUUAGAAAGUAUGGGAAUUCGCGAUUCAAAAGCUUUGAAAGAAAUUAAUGACGCCGUUGUUGAAAGACAUUAUCAUAUUGCUUGCACAAAAGUAUUCGAAUUUACACAUCCUUCAAUUGGUUCUUUACAAGAAAGUAUUUCUCAUCCAAAUCAAUAUUUUGACAAUAGUUAUACCUUAGAAAAAGGUAUUAAUGAAAAUAUAGUAAUGACGGCUGAGAACAAAAAUAUAUGA